AUGGAUGAUCUCCCUUUACUGGAAGAGUUUCUGCGCCUGGGAGCGGACCCCUUCGACAAUAGCGCCCUUUUCGUAUGCAUCAUGCGCGACUUCGAAGAUGCCAUUACGUUGAUACUCUCCGCUUUCAGGACACGAUACCCAGACGGGGUACAUUCCUUUGGCUCAGACGCACUCUACCAGGCCAUAAGACGCAAAAACAUGCGACUUCUCAGGCUUCUCGCCAUGGACACCGAUAUCACAGGGCCCGUUGAAGAGGACUGGAGAACCACGCCUGACGGUUAUGGGCAUUUCCGACGAAGUGUAAAUUUCACGAGUCCACUUGGCGAAGCAUUCCGUCUUUUCUCCGAAAUCGAUGACACUGGCGAAGUUAUUGACGUUCUUCUGCCUCUGGUCAAAGACCACAACACUGUUAUACAUCAAGACGACAAAUUUGGUAACAUGACUAGUCUACUCUACGCAAUCUUUUUGGGCUCUUUGGAAAUCGUUCAGAGGUUACAACAAGCAGGCGCCAACAUAUCCUUACCAGCCGAAGUGAGCAUUACUCGAACACCACUGCAGGCGGCAGCACAAGCGGAAAGCAAGGAAAUCGUAGAGUAUCUGCUAGACCAGGGAGUCAGUCCAAACGAGCCUCCAGCAAUCCGAGCAGGAGCAACGGCUCUCCAGCUAGCGGCGAUCACAGGGAAUAUCAAUAUCGCAACAAUCUUGCUCAAGGCAGAAGCCAACGUCAAUGCGCCACCAGCAUUUUUUGAUGGCAGAACGGCGUUCGAAGGCGCCACAGAGCAUGGUCGUAUUGAGAUGAUGAUCUUUCUCGUUGGUCAAGGCGCCGAUCUCCUUGCAAAUGGCAACGCGCAAUAUCGACGUGCUAUUACGUUUGCGGAAGACAACCUGCAGUACGCUGCAAAGGCGGUCGCAGACGAGCUAUACGCAAAGGUUUUCGCUAGCCAAGGACCCAGCUUUAUCGACAUGGGGGAGGAACAGUGGGCGGGAUAUGAAACCCCAGACUUUCGGAAUUUAUUCUGA